GCCGCGUACCUGCCGCAGCGCCCGCGGAGCGGCCCGAGCGCGACCACCUCCCGGAGCGGCGGCCGAGGCGGCCAAGGCGGCGGGGUGCGGGCGCGGCAGGCAGGACGAGCGCGGAGGCCCAACUCUCGGAGGUGACCGGAGCACCCGCGGCCGGAAGAUGAGCGAGCUCGACCAGCUGCGGCAGGAGGCCGAGCAGCUGAAGAACCAGAUCAGGGAUGCCCGGAAAGCCUGUGCAGAUGCAACUCUCUCCCAGAUCACGAACAACAUCGACCCCGUGGGGAGGAUCCAGAUGCGCACCCGGAGGACACUGCGGGGCCACUUGGCCAAGAUCUACGCCAUGCACUGGGGCACGGACUCCAGGCUCCUCGUGAGCGCCUCCCAGGACGGGAAGCUCAUCAUCUGGGACAGCUACACCACCAACAAGGUGCACGCCAUCCCCCUGCGCUCCUCCUGGGUCAUGACCUGCGCCUACGCGCCCUCGGGGAACUACGUGGCCUGCGGCGGCCUGGACAACAUCUGCUCCAUCUACAACCUGAAGACCCGCGAGGGCAACGUGCGCGUGAGCCGCGAGCUGGCCGGGCACACGGGUUACUUGUCCUGCUGCCGCUUCCUGGAUGACAAUCAGAUAGUCACCAGCUCUGGAGACACCACCUGUGCUCUGUGGGACAUCGAGACGGGCCAGCAGACCACCACGUUCACGGGGCACACCGGGGACGUCAUGAGCCUGUCCCUCGCACCCGACACCCGACUGUUCGUCUCCGGCGCCUGCGACGCCUCGGCCAAGCUGUGGGACGUGCGGGAAGGCAUGUGCCGGCAGACCUUCACCGGCCACGAGUCCGACAUCAACGCCAUCUGUUUCUUCCCCAACGGCAACGCGUUCGCCACCGGCUCGGACGACGCCACCUGCAGGCUGUUCGACCUGCGCGCGGACCAGGAGCUCAUGACCUACUCCCACGACAACAUCAUCUGCGGCAUCACCUCCGUCUCCUUCUCCAAGAGCGGCCGCCUGCUCCUGGCCGGCUACGACGACUUCAACUGCAACGUCUGGGACGCGCUCAAGGCCGACCGGGCAGGUGUCUUGGCCGGGCACGACAACCGCGUCAGCUGCCUGGGGGUGACCGACGACGGGAUGGCCGUGGCGACAGGCUCCUGGGACAGCUUCCUCAAGAUCUGGAACUAGCCCGCAGCAGGUGCACGCGCCGCGGCCGGAGGCCAUCCCGCCCCAGGCGUUCCCGUGAUUGCAUUUCCAACCCCUACUAACGAACGUGGGCGCCCUCCCCUCCGAA